UUCGGCCUUUGUCGUUUGCGCGAGGCAGAACAGAAGGAGCGCCACAACAGCAGCCGUAACCGGAGGGACGAGGAGGAGGGGGGACCAGAAUGGCCGAGACCGACGUGAUCGAGGUGACCUUCGGGGACGCCGUGAUCGCCACCACCGUCACGUCCUGCGGCGAGGCCGUGGAGGGCUGGCUCGCCGAGGCCCGCGCCGCGCCCGGCAGCCCCGUCGUCGGGCUCGACGUGGAGUGGCGCCCCAGCAGGCGCUCCGACCAGAACCCCGUGGCCACGCUGCAGCUCUGCGUCGGCCGCCGCUGCCUCAUCUUCCAGCUCCUCCAGGCUGACCGCGUCCCGCGCGCGCUAUCGGAGUUCCUGGGCGACCCCGGCGUCCGCUUCGUCGGCGUCGGCGUGGGGGCGGACGCCGAGCGGCUCAGCGACGACCACGGGCUGGAGGUGGCCAACGCGGUGGACCUGCGGGGCCUCGCGGCGGAGGGGCUGGGCCGCCCGGACCUCCACCAGGCGGGGCUGCGCGCCGUCGUCGCCGCCGUCAUGGGCGUCGACCUCGUGAAGCCGCAGAGGGUCACCAUGAGCCGCUGGGACGCGUCCUGCCUCAGCUACGAGCAGAUCAGGUACGCCUGCAUCGAUGCCUUCGUCUCCUUCGAGGUCGGCCGCAAGCUGCUGGCCGGGGAGGCGACGACGGCUGCUGAUCCAGCGGCUCCAGCCGGCGAGGCGGCGGCGGCGGCUGAUCCAGCGGUUCCCGCCGUCGCAGGUGCGGUGGCCGCCGCGCGACUGCAGUAAACUCGCAUUGCUAAAUUCUAGCCUGCUUCCGCAAAAUUUGUCCUGGUUCGUCUAGAUUGGGUUCUUGACUGCAUUUCAAAUUGCCUAUUUUUCGAAUUCACCUUUAGAAUUCAAGCCAAGGUCCUGCUUCUAGGUGUUUCUGUGACUGAACAAUCGAUCAGGCAGUCCUGGAGACUGGGACUGGAAGGGGGUUUAACUACUGUGAUCUAGUCGUUGUGGCUGUUGCCUGAGCAGGCAGAAGAUUGUGGGGAUUAAUCAGGUGCUACUAUCCUUGGGCACGCGUAUUGUUCAGGUCUUUUGCGUCCAUGUGCCAUUGAGAAAAUGGAGAGUUUGUUCC